GGUGUUGGAACAUUUUACACUCCAAGAAACCGCACUCGGUAUUAGUUUCAUGUCAGGCUCACAGUCAUACGGCGAACAAUAAGAAGUGGGAUGCACAAAGAGGUGCUCUUAGCAACAUUGAUCCUUAUGGCCGACAUGCCCCUCCCGAUACGCACUUCCCAGGAACGUCAUGUGCGCUACGAAAUGAAGCAGUUUGUGAAUACUUCAGAAGCAAUAUGGACGUAUAAAACCACUCAUAAUGGAGGUACCACCUGCGAGCUUGAUAAAAUGGAGUCUAUUACGGUAAUGGACAUUGCAUACAAAAGGCGUUUCCUAUUUGGCCAACGAAGGGGUGAAGUUGCACUCCGGGGACAGUUUUAUCACUUUCAUCCGGAACAGAUGACCAUCACGUCCAGAGGUAUGGAACAACUGUGUACUGAAAUUUUGCGCUAUAUGGCUGGAGACAGGUCCUGUGCUGUUAUUAAGGUCAAGUCAAUAACAUCGCAAGAAUAUAUUGCGCCAACGUCUUAUACCGUAAGAAGUGGCAGUCGGCUAUGA